CAGUGUUCGUCAACGCGUCAACACUCAGCGUUUCAACAGGCAUCCGCGCGCACCUCAGGCGUCGCCGGUUAUGCAUCUGUGCGCUAAAUCUGUGCUGACUGGCAUCUCUUCCUCCAUUCUAUACUUGCAACGACCAGCUAUAUAUAUGGAGUGCGGCUCCUUUGUCGUCGAAACAUACCCCUACACCUCGCACUGACCAGCAUGGCUCCUGCGGACAUUGACUUUCCUCCAUUGGACGGGUCCAUCAACGUCCUACCUGGCUUCAUCGACUACCAUGCCAAACACAAUCCGGAACGUCCGUUCUUCGUCUUCCCGUAUCCCGAUCUCGCUUCCGAUGAACUUCGCACUGUAUCUUUCCUCGAGUUUGCACAGGGCACCCACCGAGCCGCCUACGCCUUUCGUGCAAGCCGCGAAGGACCAGAUGGCGCUGUCGUCGCGAUGAUCGCGAAUGUCGACACGCUUCUAUACCAUGCGAUGUUUGUCGGGCUCGUUCGAGCGGGGUACGUGCCCUUCCCGAUGUCUCCGCGGAACUCAGCGCCCGCGAUCGCGAACAUGAUGCAGCGCACGCAGUGCCAUCGCAUCAUCUCACAGACCGCAUUCACCGAGCUCAUGGCCGGCGUGCGUGGCGAGUUACCGUCCGAUUACGCCAUGAAAGUUGACGAGUCUCCCUCGCUCACGUCCAUCUUUCCCUCGUUGGACUCUCCUUCCAACGGACGUGCCUCUCCGUUUGCCCCGCCCGAGCCGUACCCUCCACCGCCACAUGAGCCCUCACCCACUUCUGUUGCCUUUUACUUGCACUCCUCCGGGUCCACGGGGCACCCGAAACCCAUCCCACAGACGCACGAAUUCGUCCGCAUCUGGUGUACUCUGCCGCCCACGCUGGGAGCCCGCUUCCAUGGCCGCCAAUACGGUGGGCACGCCCUCCCGUCAUUCCACACUAUGGGCAUAGCUGUCCAGCUGCUUGCGCCGCUUGCGUCUGGCCUCCCGGGGAGCCUGUUCCCCCCGAGAGCAGUGCAAGGCGCCCCGCCGGUCGUGCCGACGCCGCAGAAUACGAUAGAUACUGCGAGGAAGACUGGUUGUAACACGAUUGUCACCGUACCGGCGUUCCUGGAGGCUUGGGCGCAUAACGAUGAGGACAUCGAGUACUUAGCGACGCUGAAGUGUCUCCUUUUUGCGGGGGGCCCCUUGUCGAAGGUUAAUGGCGACAAGCUUGUUGCUCGCGGAGUUCGUCUCUGCGCGGGAUACGGUACCACCGAGGUAGGCACCUUGUCUGAUCUCCCGGACGACGCAGUGUCAGCCGUGCGGAUGGGAGUGGAUAGCCCUGCCGACGUAGUAAAGCAGAGAUGGGUGGACCAGGGUGAUGGAACGUAUGAACUGCAGUUUCUGAGCUGCCCCACGCAUCGGCCUGCAGUCGAGAACUUCCAACUACCAAACGGCGAGCACGGCUAUUCUACGUCUGACAUCUGGAUUCCACACCCUACCAAACCAGGUCUCUGGAAAAUAGUCGCGCGUACUGACGAUGUCAUUGUGCUGGGGUCCGGUGAGAAGACUGUCCCGAUCCAGCUCGAAGGCCACGUCAGCGCACAUCCCCUCGUCGUCGGCGUCGUCGCGUUCGGACGCGGUCAUCAGCAAUCGGCUGGGUCCGCACCCGACCCAGCCGACGAGGCCGCUGCCGCAGAGUUCCGAAAUGCGAUCUGGCCGCGUGUCGAACAGGCGAAUCAUGAAGCCCCGGCGUUCUCGCGGGUCUUCAAGGAAAUGAUACUCGUCGCAGAUCCGAGCCGUCCGCUCCCUCGCGCGGGAAAGGGCACAGUCCAGCGGAAGAAGGCGCUCGAGCUGUAUGCUCAGGAUAUUGAAGACCUUGCAAACGCCCAUGAGGUCGCGCCGCCGCAAUCAUGGGAGGCACAGGAUGUGCAGAAGUGGCUGGCGCAACAUGCUGCGAGUAUUCAUGCGGAAGAAACGGCUGAUCCUGACAGGGACUUUCUCAGCGCAACUUUCCUCCGGAACCGCAUCAUCGGCGCGCUGCGUGCAUCGUCCGACAGCGCAGUGAAUGCAGCUGCGCAACACGUACCGCAGAACUUCGUCUUUCAACAUCCCACACUCGCGUCGCUAGCAAAGGCGGUCUCUGGGCUGGUGCGGUCCGAUGAUUCCACAGCGAUGAUCAAGAAAUACACCGCAGUGCUGCCGGCACAUGCGCCGGAGCCGAACAUAACGAAGCGCGUAUAUGCGCUGAAUCGCGGAAGUGAUCUUCUACAUCGUCAGAGGGCGGCUUUCGAUGGUGCGCAACUGCCGGUAGAGUCGCUGGACCAGCCGAAACUGGUGCUGCUCUCUGUCGACUACACACAGGAUGGCUUGGGAUUACCGCAGGACAUCGUCAACGAAGUCCGUCAGUCGGUCACACACAUCGUACAUAGUGCCUGGCGGGUUGACUUCAACCUCGCGUUGACGUCCUUCGAGACCCAAAUAGCCGGUGCGAUCCGCCUGUUGACCAUGGCGCCUACAGCGCACUAUUUGUUCACGUCUUCCGUGUCCGUCGCCGGUGGCUGGAACGUCAAAGCCGCCAACCAUGGCGCACAUGUGCCGGAGACCGCUCUGCAUGACCCCAGCGUCGCAGCUGUAACAUCUGGCUAUGGCAUGUCCAAAUACGUUGUGGAAGAGGUUCUGGCGGGCGCGCGUCAGAGAGGGUUAAAGACAACAACGUUACGUAUCGGACAGAUCUCUGGCGCAUCCCAGACCGGCGCGUGGAACGCUUCAGAAUGGGUACCGAACAUCGUCAAGUCGAGUCUCGCCCUAGGUGCUUUGCCCAAUUCAGGAAGCGUAUCAUGGGUACCGAUGGACGCUGUCGCGCGCGCGGUCGUCGAUGUCGUACUUGGGCGGGAGGCACCCGAACUGAUCAACGUCGUUCAUCCGCGACCUGCCAAAUGGUCGGAUGUGUUCGGCGCGAUGCAGGCUGAGCUCGGUGUGACGCUUCCAUUCGUCCCUUUUGAUGAGUGGGUGAAAAGAUUGGAAGCUGUCGCGGACAACGCCUCCGCGUCGGAUCUGGAGAAGAUACCCGGUGUCAAAUUGCUCGAAUACUACCGCGCGCUCGUCAGCGCAGAAGCGGAAGCACAGAGAGCUGGAACUGAUGACUGUGAAGCUGGCGGUCUUCCGUUGUUUGAGACGAGCAAGGCGUGCAGCGUCAGCAAGACACUUGCGGGGCUACCUCCUCUCAGCGCGCAUGAUGCCAGGGCGUGGGUAAGGUACUGGAAGAAGACCGGGUUUUUGCCAUGACCGAAGAAGUUAGUGAGAGUGCCCGCCGGUCCUCCCUGACGCCACCACGGUCUCGCGUCCCUUCUCGUGAUGUUACUAUGGCACCGCCUUCUCGGAGUAUCCUCACCAAUGCUAGACGCUAUCAUGCUGUUCUGUAUUCUGGGAGCGUUAAAUUGAUUGCGGCGCCCGUGUAGUCGCCGUUCGAGUUCACAAGGACCUGUAAAGGAUUGCGUUACGGCAAUAUUGGACACGGAUUGCGCCGUCGCCCUGUCAUGUACCCUGCGGCCCUGCCCCGCCUCCGAGUCCCUUUCACAUUGCAACG